AUGAAUUUCUUCGCAUCCGUUUUCUCCGAUUCCGACAAUGCGCACCAAAACGAAUCGCAAGAGGAAGCGAAUAGCGAUUCCUCGUCGCCGGAGCGCCGUUCCGAUUCCACCGGCGCCGGUGCAUGGGAAAUCGGCGAUCUGUGGAAAAGGCUGAGCGCGAAAUCGGAAUUGAUCAUUGAGACCUACCGUCGCGACUUGCAGGAAUUCGGUACCGGCUUGAAGAAGGAGAUUGAGGUGGCUCAGGGUUCUCUCGAGACGGUGGGCCACGUCAUCGACCAGUUCGGGAACACCGUCGCGAAAGGUACCGCUCACUUUAUAUCUCACGGCAAGGACGCCAUCCCCGUCGAUUCCGGGUCCGAUAGUAAUGUUAAUACCAAAAACAAGACGGAAAAAAAGAGCUUCAAUUCGACGCGCUACAGUAGGUUUGAGGCUCAGGUUCGGACCAUUCAGGGUGACGUUAGUACUUACACGGAAGUGCCUGAGGAUUUAGAUGGGUAUGAGAAGUGGAAAUCGGGGUUUUCCUUGGAAGGGAAGAGCGAGGAAAUGGAAGAGUUGCUGAGAGAGAAUGAGGGUAUGGAGAGUGUUUACAAGAGGAUUGUGCCUAAUGUUGUUGACCGUGAAACGUUUUGGUUUAGGUAUUAUUAUAGAGUUUAUAGGUUUAACAAAGCUGAGGAUAUGAGGGCCAGGCUCGUGAGGAGAAUGUCGAGGUAG